GCUGUGCAGAGAGCAACUCUAAUCACCGCCGCUCUUCUGACUGAAUUUCCCUGACUGACGUCAGCUGACUCUCCGCUCCUCUGGACACAGCGCCGCGUAAAAAUGCUGCUCUCGGUGCCGCCAAGGACAGGAAUCAGCCCGUACGGCGGAUACACCGGCAAAAGCCACAAGAAGCAGACAUAUGUGUCCCCAUCCAACCAUCAGAUGGCCCCUCCCAGUCCCAACAGCAAUGGCAACAGCAACACCCCCACAUUCAGCAAUGGCAACAGCAACAGCAUGAAUGGAGCAGAGCAGCUAAGCAAAACCAACCUUUAUAUCCGUGGCCUGCAUCCAGGAACCACAGACCAGGAUCUGGUCAAACUCUGUCAGCCGUAUGGGAAAAUUGUGUCUACCAAGGCCAUCUUGGACAAGACGACCAACAAAUGCAAAGGUUACGGCUUUGUGGACUUUGACAGUCCAACCUCAGCUCAAAAGGCAGUGACGGCACUGAAGGCUGUUGGAGUGCAGGCUCAGAUGGCCAAGCAACAGGAACAGGACCCCACCAACCUGUACAUCUCCAACCUUCCCCUGUUCUUGGAUGAGUCUGAGUUGGAGAACAUGCUGAAACCCUUCAGUCAGGCCAUUUCCACUCGAAUUCUACGCGACUCCAACGGGACCAGCCGGGGGGUGGGCUUUGCCAGGAUGGAAUCAACUGAGAAAUGUGAGGCUAUCAUUCAACAUUUCAAUGGAAAAUAUAUCAAAACUCCUCCUGGAGUUCCAGCACAAACAGAGCCUCUGUUGUGUAAAUUUGCUGAUGGAGGCCAGAAGAAACGUCAAAGCCAAGGCAAAUAUCUCCAAAAUGGUCGGUCGUGGACGAGAGAUUCAGAAACUGGAGGAAUGACUCUCACUUAUGAUCCCACCACAGCCCUACAGAACGGGUUCUAUUCCUCUCCGUACAGCAUUGCUCCCAAUCGGAUGAUUGGACCAGCCUCACUUGCCCCAUACAUGCCUUCCCAUGUGUCCGCCUAUCAGGUACACAAUCCCUCCUGGCUACAUCAUCAGUCAUACAUCAUGCCUCCCACAGGAGCCGUCCUCGCGUCAGGAAUGGAGCACUCCAUGUCCAUCCAGCCGACCUCCAUGAUAGGACCCCUGACACAGCAGCUCAGUCACCUUUCUAUGGGCAGCAGCGGCACAUAUAUGCCGAUAAACACAUCUAUGCAGGGGACUUACAUCCCCCCAUACACCCAAGUGCCUGCCACCAACAUUUCAGUUGAGGAAAGUGCCGUCCAGCAGCCUGUUCCCAUUGGUACUCCAACAGAACACACGGCGUACUCCUACCAGCAUAACAAAUGAAGCCGUCGGUUUGGAUCUUUGCUUUCUUUAUCUUGCUCUGGAGCCUGGAAUGACUGUCCGGGGGCCGAAGUGCUGAAACCCUGCUGUGUGACUCUUCGUGUAAAGCAGCAGAAACUUGGAGGUCAGGUGGACUCGGACUGUUUCAUGUAAA